CCUGACGCUUGGCCUCUUUCUCUUUUUUACUAACUAAAAGCUUCAUUUUAUUUCCAGCUUUUCCAAAACCCAGUGUCAGAAAAAAGAGAUCAACAUAAUCAAGGGAACCUUUGAUCACUACACCCUUACCAAGCCGACCUUGAAAGAGAGGCUAGCAGCUGAUCGGUCUGAACUGGAAGAACACCAUCCUACCGUGACUCACAGAAUGUGUUGGCUUUGGUAGGCCUUAAGUUGUCCCUGCAGAUUUGGCGGUUUACACCUGAUGAAAUGCUCAUCAGCCUGCUUUGGUAGUACUUGACAACCGUACAGAAAAAUGGCUGCUAGCAAGACAAAAAACCAGAGCUCCCUGGCCCUCCACAAAGUAAUCAUGGUUGGUAGUGGAGGUGUUGGCAAAUCAGCACUUACACUUCAGUUUAUGUAUGAUGAGUUUGUUGAAGACUAUGAACCUACAAAGGCUGAUAGUUACAGAAAGAAAGUAGUUCUGGAUGGUGAGGAAGUCCAGAUAGAUAUUUUGGAUACAGCUGGACAAGAAGAUUAUGCAGCUAUUCGAGACAACUACUUCCGUAGCGGAGAGGGGUUUCUUCUAGUUUUUUCCAUAACUGAGCAUGAAUCCUUUACAGCGACAGCAGAGUUUAGGGAGCAGAUCCUGCGUGUAAAAGCUGAAGAGGACAAAAUACCUUUACUUGUGGUGGGAAAUAAAUCUGACUUGGAAGACCGUCGACAAGUGCCUGUGGAAUCUGCUAGAAGUAAAGCAGAGGAGUGGGGUGUACAGUAUGUAGAAACUUCAGCCAAAACCAGAGCAAAUGUAGAUAAGGUGUUCUUUGAUCUAAUGAGAGAAAUUAGAGCCAAGAAGAUGUCAGAAAACAAGGACAAAAAUGGCAAGAAAAGCAACAAGAACAAGAAGAGUUUUAAAGAAAGAUGCUGCCUAUUGUGAUCUUUAUGAACUGUACAUGUAGACUGCGGAAUUAACAAGACAUUUACCACUAAGGGUAAAGGACUGGAUUAAUGAGAAGAAAUCUGGAUCCAAUGAGCUUUCCCACUCACAUCAUAGCCUUUUUGAAAGUGCAAAACUUAGUUUAAGAAAACUUGGUAUCCAUGUGUACUGAAAGGGAUUAUUCUUGAAAGCAACUGUUAAUGCCAAAAAUAUUACCAGCAAAUUUCUUUGGCCAUGGGUACUUUGCCUGAUAGCAGUAUGGUUGCUCUGAAUUUAACUCCUGAUGUUGCUCCCAGUGUUGACUCUCCCUUUACAGACUCUAUCAGUUUUACGCAAUGGCUAGUUCUCAUUGUAAUUCAACCAAAGUUAUCUGCCUCUCCUGCGUGGCUUCAGUUUUGGUGCUCCUAAUAAAGGCAUGAGCCUUUAGCCAUUCUUUUAAAAGGGAAAGUUAAGGCAUACUGAGAUCUUUCUGGUCUUUGAAAUUUGCACACAACUGUAUUAAGUAGGUUAUGGUGCUGUCAAAACUACUUUUCUGCCAAUCAUUGGAUAAACAUUAUAAGGACUUAUUCAAAAGCAAAAACCCAGUAAUGAGUUGGUGUCUGAGUCAUUGCUACAGUAUUUCUGGAUUGAUUCUAUAAUUUCAGAACAUUAAUGGUUAUAUUCUGGCCAGCUGUAUUUUCAAUUUAUUUCCCCCUUCUUUCCAAAAUUUUAUUGGGGGUAAAUGGGCAAGGCAUCUUUUUAAUAUGGAGGAAUUCUUAGGUUACUCUGUCAAGUAAUUCCACCCUGUUUGCCAAAUACUAGACUCUUUUGUUCCCCAAAACUUGAAAAUUCUGUUUGGGGCAUUACAGUGAGUUUGUAAUCAUGUAUCGAAGCUGUAGAAAUUGGUGCAUUUUUGCUCUUUUAGUGUUUAAUAGAAUCACUUUUCUUUUUAAAAGAAAUGUGAGGGCCCACACUGUGAAAUCUAGUGAGUUUUUGUUCAAAGUCUGAGAGGACAAUCCAUGAGUAACUCAUUCUGCACACUCUCCAUUGAAAUUAAUUGUAAUUAUGCAAAUCUGAGGGGCUUGUGCAGGAAAGUCUGGGGGAUUGUGCCAUACAGAAACACUUAAUUAUGGUAGGGUUUUCUCCCUUUCUUUAAUGAGUUAUUGCUGUCUUUGUAAUGUCAAGACUUGGAGUUGCAUUCUUGAAUGCUCACUACUAUUUUGCUAGAUAUUGUGGAGUAGGGGGUAUAGGAUUAAAGCAAGGGAAGUGGGGAAUCUUUUCAUGUCUUUACAAUUGCCCUUUAAAGAUAUAUCCGAGUUAAUUAUGUGCAGUUGCCCAAAAGCCUGACCCUUAUUGUUGUUGCACAGGUUGUACUAAUUCUGCUGCUGAAAAACCUUUUAUUCAGUUACUCAAUGAAUCAUGGAAAAAUGGUCUGUAUUAUAAAGGCAGCUAAAUAUACUCACUAAAAAGUAACUUUUUUCUAA